AUGCAGACAAUAAAGUGCGUCGUCGUAGGAGACGGAGCUGUCGGUAAAACUUGCCUUCUGAUUUCCUACACGACGAAUAAAUUUCCUUCUGAAUACGUGCCUACUGUUUUCGACAAUUAUGCAGUGAGUCUAUUGUUAUUUAAUCAAUUUCAUCAUGCCAAAACUAAUGGAAAAACCACUAUCCUAUAGGGAAAGGCUUUCAUAAACGUUUAUUGUUUUUAAGAAAUUCUUGAAAAAGUUUGCAGAUCAAAAAGAGUGAAAUUUUUGCAAUUAACACACGUUCUCCGAGAUUUUCGAAUAACCGUUGGUACAAAAAUUUCAUCUUUGUUCCUGAGAGCUCUCCUUUCUAUCAUAGAUAGUGAACAACCUCUUGAAUAUUUAGAACCAGGUUUUUAUUGGGCUCCGCCCACUUUCAGGCUUACUGUAGGAAAAAAACACCGUAGAAACCAAACUUUUUUUCCUAGUGGAGCAAAUUGGUCCAAACCAAUUUUUAAAACAAAAAUAUGUUCCCCAUAUGAACAUUUAUAGUUAUAGAACUGACCCGGAAAAAAAUUUUUCUUUCAGAAGAAAAAAAUUAAAGUUUUUUUGAAAAAAAUGACGAAUUUCGCAGUCUUUGAGCCAUAACUAGUACUAGAACCCCCGAAUGCCUGGAUUUUUAUUUUUUUAAUCGACGCAUUAGGGUCUUGUGAUUAGAGGAAAAAUGUCUAGAAACUCUGAAUCCGGGUGAUCCAGUUGACCUCCAUCUCGAAGAACGCGGCCAACUUGAAAAUCGCAAAACCUUUGAAAAUUUCUAUUUUUUGUGAAAGCCGGAUUCUGUCUUGUUUCUUAUUUUUGUUCAACAUAACACAGCUUGCUGCAAAAUUACAGCUCAAAAGUAGCGAGCUGGAACCCUUUGAAAAAAAAUUUCUGAUGUUUUUCCAAUUUUUCGUUUUUUCGGCAUUUUCAAACUUUUUGCUCUAACUAGUACUAGAACCCCCGAAUGCCUGGAUUUUUAUUUUUUCAAUCGACGCAUUAGGGUCUUAUGAGUAGAGAAAAAAUGUCUAGAAACUCUGAAUCCGGGUGAUCCAGUUGACCUCCAUCUCGGAGAACGCGGCCAACUUGAAAAUGACUAAAUUUUUUUAAAAAAAUCAGUUACUUUCUUGGGAGCAGGAUUUUUCCUUCACUUCUUUUUUUGCCAAUCAGGCACAAUCUACUCAACACAGGAUUGGAACAAAAAGUUAUGACUCCCAAGCAUGGCGAAAUUUUUUUUUCCAAUUUUUCCCUUUUUCGGAUUCGUUCUUUUUUUCUGUCCUUUCCAAGUAUUGAGCUCUACUGGAUUAGGAUACCCGGAAUGCUCAGAGUUUAUUCGUUGUACUGAUCCGUUACAUCUUCCCAAGUUCUUUAAAAAUAUUCCCAGGCUCUGUUUCCGGGUGAUCCAGUUGACCUCCAAGCAACCGAAGCGGUCGACCUCGAAUUAGAGCAAAAUUUAACAAAUUUUCCAAAACGUUUCUUUGCUUCCUAACCAGUGGUUCUCAUUAUCUGGAGAGACUUUUACUCGAUUAAUUCGCGUUUCUAAAGUUUUUUUCCUAUUAUAAAAUUUGGAAACUUCACUAAACCUCUCCAGAUAAGGAGAACCACUGGUUAGGAAGCAAAGAAACGUUUUGGAAAAUUUGUUAAAUUUUGCUCUAAUUCGAGGUCGACCGCUUCGGUUGCUUGGAGGUCAACUGGAUCACCCGGAAACAGAGCCUGGGAAUAUUUUUAAAGAACUUGGGAAGAUGUAACGGAUCAGUACAACGAAUAAACUCUGAGCAUUCCGGGUAUCCUAAUCCAGUAGAGCUCAAUACUUGGAAAGGACAGAAAAAAAGAACGAAUCCGAAAAAGUGAAAAAUUGGAAAAAAAAAUUUCGCCAUGCUUGGGAGUCAUAACUUUUUGUUCCAAUCCUGUGUUGAGUAGAUUGUGCCUGAUUGGCAAAAAGAAGUGAAGGAAAAUCCUGCUCCCAAGAAAGUAACUGAUUUUUAAAAAUUUAGUCAUUUUCAAGUUGGCCGCGUUCUCCGAGAUGGAGGUCAACUGGAUCACCCGGAUUCAGAGUUUCUAGACAUUUUUUCUCUACUCAUAAGACCCUAAUGCGUCGAUUGAAAAAAUAAAAAUCCAGGCAUUCGGGAGUUCUAGUACUAGUUAGAGCAAAAAGUUUGAAAAUGCCGAAAAAACGAAAAAUUGGAAAAACAUCAAAAAUUUUUUUUCAAAGGGUUCCAGCUCGCUACUUUUGAGCUGUAAUUUUGCAGCAAGCUGUGUUAUGUUGAACAAAAAAAUAAGAAACAAGACAGAAUCCGGCUUUCACAAAAAAAUAGAAAUUUUUCAAAGGUUUUGCGAUUUUUCAAGUUGGCCGCGUUCUUCGAGAUGGAGGUCAACUGGAUCACCCGGAUUCAGAGUUUCUAGACAUUUUUUUCCUCUAAUCACAAGACCCUAAUGCGUCGAUUAAAAAAAUAAAAAAAUCCAGGCAUUCGGGGGUUCUAGUACUAGUUAUGGCUCAAAGACUGCGAAAUUCGUCAUUUUUUUCAAAAAAACUUUAAUUUUUCUUCUGAAAGAAAAAUUUUUUUCCGGGUCAGUUCUAUAACUAUAAAUGUUCAUAUGGGAACAUAUUUUUGUUUUUAAAAUUGGUUUGGACCAAUUUGCUCCACUAGGAAAAAAAGUUUGGUUUCUACGGUGUUUUUUUCCUACAGUAAGCCUGAAAGUGGGCGGAGCCCAAUAAAACCUGGUUCUAAAUAUUCAAAGGGUUGUUCACUAUCUAUGAUAGAAAGGAGAGCUCUCAGGAACAAAGAUGAAAUUUGUGUACCAAAAUUUUUGGCAUUUGUUCGAAUUUCUGGGAGAACGUGUGUUAAUUAAUUUAUUUUUCAUUUUUCUCGAAGUUUAAAAUAUGUUCUGUGUCUAAGCAUUUUUUUAAAGCUAGUCCACUAUUUAAAAAAAGGUUACCAAUAAAUAAUUUAAAGUGAUCAUCGGCCGAAAAAAAUAUUUAAAAAAAUUUUUCUGCUAUGUUGCCCAGUAAGAAAAUAUGAAAAUUUCCACAUAGAAAACGACGUUAAAGUUAAAGUUGAAAAAAAAACAUUCAAAAAUCGCUUUAAAACUGAUUAUUCAUCCUUUGUUUGGGUUGGGUUUUAAAAAUGGACUGUCUAAAAACUAUUUGAGGCCAGAAAGGUGUCAAAACUUUUUUUUUCUUUUAUUAUUCUGUUCUCAUCAAGUUGGCUAGGUUUUGAAACGUGUUCAAGUUCAGUAUAUCUUCAAAAUCAACUAUUGGAUGGACGUGUCCUUAUUGAACUUUGUCAAGGAAAAUAUCAAUCAUCAAUAUUUAUUGGUUGUUUUAGUAAGAUGGAAUCGACUAGGCGGUGAAAAAAUUGCUCUUUUGAGCGGCACUAACACCGCCUUUGGCGAAAGAGAAGUCAAAAAUUGUAGUCGAUUGAAUUGAAAGCAUGGUUUUACGGUCCUUCGCCUCGCUCUUCCACAAGUUGAUCCCUCAGUUUCGCGGGUACGGGCACGGCGGGGAUGGUGGGGCUCGGGCACGGACACCGUGUACACUCUAGGGUAGCCUCGGCCGAGUGAGAGAGCUACCACUUCGAGUGAAGAAAAUACACGGAAUGAAGAAAAUACACGGAAGAUGAUCAAAAGUUGAUUGAAAAACUGAUCACUUAGUUGCAUACUAAGAAAGGUGAAAUUAUUUUAGAAGGAAGAAAGGAACUUAUAAUUUUUCAAAGUUAAAGAUGAGUGGAUCGAAAUUUUUCAAUGAGCAGUUCCAUCAGUUUCUUUACAGGGAGAGAAUUUCAUUAGUAAGCCGACCAUCGAACUGGGAUAUUUUUUGUAUUCGAGAGGCUGAUUUCUUCGAUUUCCAGGUGACGGUGAUGAUCGGAGGCGAGCCCUACACCCUCGGGCUGUUCGACACGGCCGGCCAGGAAGACUACGACCGUCUUCGUCCGCUCUCUUACCCGCAGACCGAUGUCUUUCUUGUCUGUUUCUCCGUCGUUGCUCCUGCUUCAUUCGAGAACGUUCGCGAAAAGGUAUUUAUACUUCCUUCUACGAAAAGUAGUCCAUAUGCUUACCAAACUGUUACAUCUUUUUUUUUGAAGUCAAAUUUUGAAUUUUUUUGUUUUUUUUUUCUCGCGUCAAGUUGUGAGGUUUUGUAUGACUGUUUUAGAAAGUUUUCAACACGGAAAAAAACUGUUUGAGAGAAAGGAAUAAAUGAAAAAAGUUUAUCGAAACCUUAUAGAAAGAAAAGAGAAAUAAUUAUAAAUUUACGCGCGGCAACUUCGGAUCUUGAGAAUGGACGGAUUGAGAAAUGAGUUUCGAUUGAUUCAUCUUUUCCAAGGUCUUCGUCCUUUCAGAUAACAUUUUUCUGAAAUCUAAUUAGAUUAUUUGUAAAAAUUAUUAUGCAAAUUUUUUUAAACAACAGUUACACUUGAAUACCUCCAAAUAUCCUUAUUCAAUUUCACCUACAGACUAAAUUGUCUUCUAAGUUUGAGAAGCGCUAAUAGGAGUUAAAUACCUUUACUUUUUUUCACAUAGCGACUAUUCAUGUAGGGAGAGAGAGUUUUGAAAUCUCUCAAAGGUUUCUACGCUAAAGUGAACGGUGCUUUGCUUUGAAUUAUGCUUUGAUGAUUUCAUGAAGGUUAAUUUUCUAAUUGCAACUUUAACCUAACACUACCAGCUUUCAUGUUUAGCGUAGCCUCUAAAAUCAUCAAGAACAAAUACUUUGAUAACUAUGGCGUUUACAAUCAGAUUCCUUCAUGUCUAUGGUAUCAUGAUGAAAUUUUUUUGACCGAUACAUUGUUUCAGUGGGUUCCUGAAAUAGCUCAUCAUUGCUCGAAAACUCCUUUCUUGCUAGUCGGAACACAGGUAACCAGGUCGAUCUGAUUCGUUUUCAUCUCAAACCUUCAGGUUGAUUUACGAGAUGAUCCGGGCAUGUUGGAGAAGUUGGCAAAGAACAAGCAGAAGCCGAUUUCCACGGACGUCGGAGAGAAGUUGGCCAAAGAGCUCAAAGCGGUCAAAUACGUUGAGUGCUCAGCAUUGACACAGGUUUCCUUUUUUAAAUUUUCAAAGUUUAAUUUUUUGUCUUUUCACAUUAACCUGUUUAGUUUCUGAAUAGCAUUCCUGGAUUUUUCGUCUGACCUUCAAAAAUAAUUCAUUUCAAUGCGAUUCGAGUUUUUUGCUCUUUUUAAAAUUCUUUCGACAUACUAAAGAAACAAAUAUUUUUAUCUUGCAUUAGUUUUGCAACCAUGACCACCUUGAACCAAUUUUUUAUUUUUCUAAAAAAAAUUUUUUUUUUGGAGCUAGACUUUAGUAAAAACGCUUUGCCUGCUUUUUUUGUUCGGAGAAAGAUGAUAGUAAUUGUUACCAAUUACAGCCAAUUACAGUUUUCCGAUUGCAGAAAGGGUUGAAAAACGUUUUCGACGAAGCGAUUCUUGCCGCGCUGGAGCCGCCGCAGCAAGAGAAAAAGAAGCGCUGCACAAUCCUCUGA